UUUAAAAAUCUCAGGGACAACUAUUUUUAACAAUGAGAUUAUUGAAAGGAGAAAAAUACUGUUCAACAUCUCUACCGAGGAUUCUGUGAUGUAGCACAGGGCAUAAACUGGAGCAAAAAGAAACUUUCCUUAAAGUGCUAUAUUUUAGAAAUUGGAACACAUUCCUUAGGACAAAUCAAAGUAUGGCACACAACAUCCAAAUGUCCUGCACAGGUAGAGAAGUGUCACCAACUGUCUUCCACUUCCAAACUUCUCUGUCACAUUGAAGACUGUUCAAGAGAAAUUUGGAAGCACUCACUUUUAUAGAAUUCAUAAGUGACAGAAUCAGUUUUAAAGUAUUUAGGAUGAUCUUUGAUACGCUUAUUAUUCCAAAAGAUAAUAUAGCCAAAUUUCUCCCUCUGUGUUAAAUAUUUACCAAACUGAAAUCUGAAAAAGAUUUACACAAAUUCUGCUUCUGAUAGAAUCGAAUCGUUUUUCCAAUUAGAUUGGGCAUAAUUUUUAAUUUGUAGCACAAAAUCUAACAUGCUUAUGAGGUUCCAUCCCAAAGCACCUGCUCUUCAGAGUGGAAUUCAGACUAGCAGGUGGAAAUACCAACUCCAGAGUUUCAGAUCUGGUCCGUAACUGGUGUAGGGAGGGGCUUUGGGCGGGGCCUCCAAAGAGGGAGGAGGCGUUGUUAGAAAGCAGGGGAGCCAGUCUACCGCUGUCACUAAUCUGGUUAAGCCUUGUUGUAUUUGAGUGUGAGAGGACUCCGCUGUGUUGGUGGCAUUCUCAAUGAGAACUAGCUGCACCUGGCCUUUGAGUGGACUCUGCAACCAGCGGCGGCUCGUCCUCCAAGACUGCUGAGAACUGGGAAUCUGCAGAGAUGACUGUCAUCUGCUGUUGGGAGCCGGCUGAAGCACGACUCUUCCUGAGAAUGGGUUGUAACGGCGAGGUCUGACUAGCCCCAGGGUUUAGUGAGAAGGGGGCAGUGGAACGCCGUCAGGGACUAGGAGCUUCAUGGCAUGCACGGGUUUGAAGCCAAAGGAAAAGUCGGGAGAUGAGCCGCGCGUAACUGCAUUGCUCUCGCAGCCGCAGCCACUCCAGCGCGGAACUUGUGAGUACUCUGCGUCCCCUCUCCUGGGACAGAAGCCGGAGAACUCUUUUGGAGAACCCUCCCAGUUAGGAGACAGAUCCCUACAACUACCUUCUCCUGCCCGCCCCACUCGCUGCUGGGACGUAACGACCGCCACGCUUCCCCUGACGACAGGAUGGAGGGCAAGGACAGGAGCUGACCAGCGCCGCCCUCCCCCACCCCCGACUCAGGAGGUGGAGAUCCCCGGGGUCCGGCCAAGUUCAACACCCAUUUUCUCCUCCCUCUGCCACUAUAUUCUCGACAACCCCUCCUUCCCCUUUUCCCUCCUCCCUAGAGCCGGGGGAGGAGAAAAGGGGAGUCCAGGUCGUCAUGACUGAGCUGAAGGCAAAGGAUCCCCGGGCUCCCCACGUGGCGGUCAGCGUGCCCUCCCCCGGCGAGGUCGGAUCCCCUCUGCUGGAUCGCCCAGACCCAGACCCCUUCCAGGGGAGCCAGACCUCGGAUGCCUCGCCUGUAGUCUCGGCCAUCCCCAUCUCCCUGGACGGGCUGCUGUUCCCUCGGCCCUGCCAGGGACAGGACCCCCCAAACGGAAAGACUCAGGCCCAGCAGUCGCCGUCGGGCGUGGAGGGCUUAUAUUCCGGAGCGGAAGCCACAAGGGGUGCAGGAGGCUGCAGUUCUAGACUCCCAGAAAAGGACCGAGGGCUGCUGGACAGUGUCUUGGACACUCUUCUGGAGCCCUCAGGUCCAGGGCAGAGCCACGCCAGCCCUCCUGCCUGCGAGGCCACCAGCUCGUGGUGCCUGUUUGGCCUCCAGCUUCCCGAAGAUUCGCGGGCUGCCCCCACCACCCAGGGGGUGUUGGCCCAGCUCAUGAGCCGGCCGGCGGGCAAGGCUGGAGAUAGCUCCGGGACGGCAGCUGCCCACAAGGUGCCGCCCAGGGGCCUGUCGCCGUCCGGGCAGCUGCUGCUCCCCUCCUCUGGGAGCCCGCACUGGCCCGGGGCCCCAGUGAAGCCGUCUCCGCAGCCCGCGACGGUGGAGGUGGUGGAGGAGGAGGACAGCUCCGAGUCCGAGGACUCGGAGGGUCCGCUUCUGAAGGGCAAACCUCUAGCUCUGGGAGGCACCGCGGCCCGAGGAGGAGCCGGAGCCGCAGCCGCAGCGCCCGGGGCGGCCGCGGGAAGCGUCGGCCUCGCCCCCAAGGAUGAUUCCCGCUUCCCAGCACCCAGGGUCGCCCCGACAGAGCAGGACGCGACAGUGGCGCCCGGGCGCUCCCCGCUGGCCACCACGGUGAUGGAUUUCAUCCACGUGCCCAUCCUGCCUCUCAACCAUGCCUUCCUGGCCGCCCGCACCCGGCAGCUGCUGGAGGGGGAGAGCUACGACGGCGGGGCCGCGGCUGCCAGCGCCUUCGCCCCGCCGCGCGGCUCGCCCUCGGCCCCGUCCGCCGCGGUCGCGGGAGGCGACUUCCCCGACUGCGCGUACCCGCCCGACGCGGAGCCCAAGGACGACGCGUUCCCUCUCUACGGCGACUUCCAGCCGCCCGCCCUGAAGAUCAAGGAGGAGGAGGAAGGCGCGGAGGCCGUGGCGCGCCCCCCGCGUCCGUACCUGGUGGCCGGUGCCAAUACCGCAGCCUUCCCGGAGUUUUCGCUGGCGCCGCCGCCGCCGCCAGCGCCCCCCUCCAGGCCCGGGGAACCCGCAGUGGCGGCCGCACCCGCCGGCGCCUCGGUCUCCUCCGCGUCCUCGUCGGGGUCGGCCCUAGAGUGCAUCCUGUACAAGGCGGAGGGCGCGCCGGCCCAGCAGGGCCCAUUCGCGCCGCCGCCCUGCAAGGCUCCGGGCGCGGGCGCCUGCCUGCUCGCGCGGGACAGCCUGCCCUCCACCUCGGCCGCCGCCGCCGGGGCGGCCCCCGCGCUCUACCCGCCGCUCGGCCUCAACGGGCUCCCGCAGCUCGGCUACCAGGCCGCCGUGCUCAAGGAGGGCCUUCCGCCGGUCUACCCGCCCUAUCUCAACUACCUGAGGCAGGAUUCAGAAGCCAGCCAGAGCCCACAGUACAGCUUCGAGUCUUUACCUCAGAAGAUUUGCUUAAUCUGUGGGGAUGAAGCAUCAGGCUGUCAUUAUGGUGUCCUUACCUGUGGGAGCUGUAAGGUCUUCUUUAAAAGGGCAAUGGAAGGGCAGCAUAACUAUUUAUGUGCUGGAAGAAAUGACUGCAUUGUUGACAAAAUCCGCAGAAAAAACUGCCCAGCAUGUCGCCUUAGAAAGUGCUGUCAGGCUGGCAUGGUCCUUGGAGGUCGAAAGUUUAAAAAGUUCAAUAAAGUCAGAGUUAUGAGAUCACUAGAUGCUGUUGCUCUCCCACAGCCAGUGGGCAUUUCAAGUGAAAGCCAAGCCUUAAGCCAGAGGAUCACUUUUUCACCAAGUCAAGAAUUACAGUUGAUCCCACCACUGAUCAACCUGUUAAUGAACAUUGAACCGGAUGUGGUCUAUGCAGGACAUGACAACACAAAACCAGAUACCUCCAGUUCUUUGCUGACCAGUCUUAAUCAACUAGGCGAGAGGCAACUUCUUUCAGUAGUCAAGUGGUCUAAAUCAUUGCCAGGUUUUCGAAAUUUACAUAUUGAUGACCAGAUAACUCUCAUCCAGUAUUCUUGGAUGAGCUUAAUGGUGUUUGGACUGGGAUGGAGAUCCUACAAACACGUCAGUGGGCAGAUGUUAUAUUUCGCACCUGAUCUAAUACUAAAUGAACAGCGGAUGAAAGAAUCGUCAUUCUAUUCAUUAUGCCUUACCAUGUGGCAGAUCCCACAGGAGUUUGUCAAGCUUCAAGUGAGCCAAGAAGAGUUCCUCUGUAUGAAAGUGUUGCUACUUCUUAAUACAAUUCCUUUGGAAGGACUAAGAAGUCAAAACCAAUUUGAAGAGAUGAGAUCAAGCUACAUUAGAGAGCUCAUCAAGGCAAUUGGUUUGAGGCAAAAAGGAGUUGUGUCUAGCUCACAGCGUUUCUAUCAACUUACAAAACUUCUUGAUAACUUGCAUGAUCUCGUCAAACAACUUCAUCUGUACUGCUUGAAUACAUUCAUCCAGUCCCGGGCAUUGAGUGUUGAAUUUCCAGAAAUGAUGUCUGAAGUUAUUGCUGCACAACUACCCAAGAUCUUGGCAGGGAUGGUGAAACCUCUUCUCUUUCAUAAAAAGUGAAUGUUAUCUUUUUCUUUAAAACAAUUAAAUUUUGUGAUACUUCUUUUUGUUUG